AGCAGCUGUUCGCAUCUUACUUUUGUAUUUCUACGACACGUAUUUGCAACCCCUCGGUGUAUUUUCCCAUUUGCUCCCUCUUCGGUACAUUUCUUCACUCAUCUUUUAUUUUUUCAAUACACAUACCAAAAGGUAUUUAUAUCUAAGGUGUGUUGGGCACCGUGUAUAUCUUUCAUUUCACGCAAAUAACCCAAGUAUAGAAUUAUUCUUUUUUUCUCCCGUACGCGAAGCGAACGAAGAUGCAGAAAGGAAAAAAAAAAGGAUGCUCCUACCACCCAAGAUGAACGUCCCUGCCACGCCGGCACUGGACGGUAUUGAUAUCCACACCCUGUACGAUGUUGAUCAUGGCAAGUUGCUCGGCAAGGGCGGCUUCUCGGAGGUUUUGGCGGUGCGCCACAUCCCUUCUGGCGAGAUCCGCGCGCUCAAGGUGAUGGAGCGCAGCAUUCUGAUCGGCAAGAAGGGCGAGAUGGUAGCGCACGAGAAAGAGAUUCUGCGCCGCACGUGCCACCCCUCGAUCAUCACCCUCUACGAAGCUGUCCAGACGGCCAACAGGGUGUACUUCGCCCUCGAUUUGAUGAACGAGGAUUUGUUUGAGUUCAUUGUGCGCAACAAAAAGGUGAACGAGGACCUGACGCGCGCGAUUAUGCAUCAGCUGAUGUCCGGUAUUGCUUACCUGCACGAGCAGAGUAUCGUGCACCGCGACAUCAAGCCGGAGAAUAUUCUGCUCGAUGUCGUCUUCAAGGACCCAGCCGACGACGCGUCCGUCGGGAAGAAGAGCACUAGCCCCGCCGAUGAUGACGAGGAAGGGCCCCGCCAUGUGGAGGGCCAGCAGGUCAUGGCCAACAUCAACGACAUCCCACUUGACAAACUAAACGUUGAGGUGAAGAUCGCGGACUUUGGUCUGGCCAAGGUGGUCAUGGAGUGGGACGUGCGUAGCACCCCGUGUGGCACCUCCUUCUACAUCGCGCCGGAGGUGAUCCGUGGAAUUGAGGAGCAGGGCGCCAAGCCACUCUGCACAAAUCAGCGCCUCGUGAAGAGCGUGGACGUGUGGUCGGCCGGUGUGGUCUUCUAUGUCCUCCUGUGUGGCCGCCCGCCCUUCCACGGCCAGGUGCGCACCGGCCAGGACCGACGUGAGCUGCUGCGCAAGAUCGACCACGGCGUCCUCUUCAACCCUAACCAUGGCUGGGACGACAUCUCGACCGAGGCGAAGGACCUGGUGCUGAAGAUGCUCUAUAAGGACACGACGGACCGCAUUACGGCGGAGGAGGUGCUACGCCACCCCUUCUUCACGAAGCACAACUUCCCCAAGGCGAUCCCCGGCGAUGACCCGCGCCGUCGCAUGAUGCAGCUGCAGCAGCGCUCCCACGAGAGCACCGCCGCGGCCGCGCAGGCGAGCGAGGUGGCGCACGGCGGCGGCAGCAGCAAUAACCAUAUGAGCAGUGUUCCAACCGUGCCGCAGGUUGGGUCGGUCAUCACGGAGAACCCGCCUGCGCGUUCGUCAGCCAGCUCCUUGUCGACGAAGCGCAGUAAGGACAGCGGCAACGUUUUCACGAGCAUCAAAGACUUCUUUGGACACCGCUCGAAGCACACCGCGGACAUUUCUAAGGAGGAGCGUCAGCGCAUGCACGCGGAGCUAGCGGAGCUGCAGGCGGAGGUGAUUGCAGAUAACGAUCAGGAGGGCGAUGUGACCUCGUACAAGCCAUCCAUGCCGGUGAAGGAGGCGCGGCCGGCUCGAAUGGCUGUCAUGAACUCUAAAGCGAAAGUAGGGCCUGAUGCGUUGAGGAGGUAA